AUUAGGGAUUAGGUUCAGGGGUUAAGUUUAGGGCUUGGGGUUAAGUUUAGGGGUUAGGGUAGGGUAGGCGCUAACCUGUGUGUACAGGCCAUCAAUGUCGCUCACUCAAUUUGGGUUCACUAGGGUUAUGGUUAGAUUUAGGGUUGGGGAUUAGGGUUGGGGUUAGGUAACCCUCAGCAAGAAUGGCUGAAUUUGACUAUUAUCCAUCACUUCCUUGUUUUAUCUCUCAUCAGUAACAAGCGGCAGUGCUGGUUCUGGUGUUGGAAUAACUCGCACUGUGAAGGCGAAGGUGUUCAGUGACACGGCUCUGUCAGUAACGCAUGCACACGGAUGUAAAUUUAAAUUGCAUUUAUUAGGUAAAUAUAAUGAGGAUAACAGCAGUGGUGAGAGAUUUAAUGGCUCCAGGGCUUGUGUCUCUCCUGCCUCGGCGUAGGUGGCAUUGUUCUUAAUUGUAACGAUGAUUGUUUAGCACACGCUGCUCUCUUCCUCCCAGACAUUAUAAUUAAAAAGGGAGAAAAAUAUAUAUCUUGUCUCUCCCUGUCGCCUUCCUGUCACAGAAAGCGUUUAAUGAGGCGCGAGAGGGACAGAGCCGAUUGGUCUGCGGACGCCGCAGGUCCUAGGAGAGUACGGCUGAUUGGCCGAGGUGUUUAAUUGACACUGUUGGACACCUCUCCCGCCCUCCCCCACCCCCUUCUCAAGGGUGUAUCCUGUUUUUACCAGGUGCAGUACACUUGGCACUAAGUGUUAUACAGGACCACAAUUAAAUCACUCGUACCUCCAUCUAGUUAUUACACCUUCUUAGUGUGUGGCUGUUUUGUCUGCACACACGCACACACACACACACAUACGCACAACCUGACACACCCACACACACCUAUAUCACUCAUAAAUGAUCAUUUAUUUAUUUAUUUAUUUAUUUAUUUCACAACGCCUGCAUUCAUUCAUAUGGAAAACAUCAUGGGUCUUUUUUUUUUUUUUUUCUUUUCUUUUUCUUUUUUUUUAAACAAAUAUUAAUUUAUCAUCAGGAUUAUCCUCUUUAUUUAUUCGUAAGUUGUUCAGUUUGUUUGUAAACGGCAUGUUCCGUUCCUGAGUUUGUGUAAAUUUGCUCAUAAGCAGCCUCGUUAGCCAACCUUCCCGUCGUAUCAUCGUCGUCGACUAGCUGAAAUGUUUAUACACGCCGUCAGGUUUAUUUACUUCCGGUUUAUCUAUUACGAAUUCGACGCGCGUCCCGUGCCGUCUCGUACGUAUCAACGACUUGAAAGAAAGGAACUGAAGACAAAACAACUGUACUAUUAGGACAAAAGUAAUGGCGCCCUUUGUUUCGUACAUGCCCUUUCACCGUUUCGUCAUCCUUGUCUCGUUUUGAGCUCUCGGCGAGCUUUACCUUUUGUUUAGUACCUUUUGUGGGCGGGGCUAAAUGUAUAUCAGCUGUGCCGCGAGCAUGCUUGGUUAUGUAGUGGCUGAUUGGCGUUUUUUAUCAGAAUGUGAGUGGAAAGAAAAUCACCCGAGACCUAUCGAUAUGAUAACAAGACCAUCGAUUUGCUGUAUUAUAGAGAGGUGUAUACAGUACAGACGCAUGUCUUGCUGUUGCUUAAGUGUCUGGACUUCAAGUUCGGGGCAUGUGACCAGUGAAUCAGACCAGCGGGUGAUGGGCUCGUGCCUCUGGGGAUCGAUCGAAGCCAGACAACACAUCAGCGUCCCCCAAACUCGCAGUCGUGGAUGCCGUUACAGACGGAACGACGUUUAUGUUGUAGUUAUGAAUGACUGUUUACGCUUACAAACACGCACGCAAUUACAGCUCGAGGGUUUGGAUCUGAAGCAUUCCACGCGUGUGACGGACGCGAAGGAAUACAUCCAGGUAGUCGUGCCGCAAAAACCAGAAGCCGUCAGAACACAAAGCGAUUUGCGAACUCAGAGGUGUUGACUGCUUUUUUUUUUUUUUUCUUGCUUUGAACAGGAAAUGUUACAUCAUCAGCGUGUUUCCAUCAGAAUGUCAACCCAUGCUAAAAGUAGAAGCCAUGCGACACUGACCCCAGGUCAACCGUAGCAGGACAAGGGGGUGUGGUCUUUUUGUUUUGACAAGUUCUCACCUUGAUGUUUUUUUUUUGGAGGGAGGGGCUCUGUUCUAAACUUAGUGCGUUGUGAUGUUGAAAAAAAUACACGCUAGUUUAAAAACAACGUAGGAGAUGUAUGAGUUUGUCUGAAGCAGGAUUGUGUGUGUGUGUGUGUGUGUGUGUGUGUGUGUGUGUGUGUGUGUAGGGGGGGGUGUAAAGGGGUCACGGAAAGGUGAAAGGCUGAGCCCUCACAUGCAACAUUCAUGGAUUGGUUACUUUGUCAGGUGCCAGUCUUUUGUUUCUCUGCUUUCUUCUCCUUUUUCUUUCUAACCUUUUGUUGCAAGUGUGGAACAAGCAAGAUAAUAUUCUCGUGCGCUCUCUCUCUCUCUCUCUCUGUCUCUCUCUCUCUCUCUCUCUCUGUCUCUCUCUCUCUCUCUGUGCGUCUGCAGUCUAACCUAAGGCCUGUAAUGUGCCAGACUUGUCGAACUGUAGCUCUUAACUGCCUGCGGUUGCUGGAAGUCACCACGGAUCUAAAGCUAAUUUGUACAAUGCUGCAUCUGAGUCAUUAAGUUGGCACGGGCAUCUGAAGUCUUAAAAGCUUGCAUGACAAGGUGUCAGAAUUUUUAAAAAAUCUAUUUAUUUAUUUAUUUUUCUGUGAACUUGGAGAAGUUGAAGCACGUCUCGGUUUUGCGACGUGGAGCACUGCGAAGAAGAAGAAGAAGAAGAAGCUCGGGGUCCAUUCAGAGUUUAGUCGUUGGCAGGACUGGAAUUUGGCCAGCUGUUAGUAGGGCCUGGAUGCGAUGAACGCCUCAUGUAGGCAUCAGCAUGGAAAGCUGUGAGUCUCCCGUGGUUUCUGGGACAGACGAUGGGCUCAGCUCUUCUACCACCUCCCAGCAGCCUCAGCAGCAGCCUCCUCAACCCUGGAACGAUCGCCCUAGUGCACAGGUCACUUCCAGUAACCACCCCCCUUCCUUGGAUCCCCUGUCUCUCUCAGCUCAGCUUCAGAGCCCCAGCACGCCUCGUGAGGUUGUGAGAGAACAGAAGCAACAGCAGCAGCAAACACGGACCCUGUCCCAAGCUACCAGUGACAGCUCCACCGGCAGCCAACUGCACCCCAGACGAGAGGGGUUGGAAGAGGAGCAGGAGGCAGGGAGCUGUGGAGAGGACGAGGAAGACUUGGAGGACUUGGACGAUAUGGAGAUUGACAACUGUUUUCCGAGUUUGCAGCCCUUCCCCGGCAUACCAAUAGCUCCAGUAGGAGGGGGCAUGCCCACUCUGAUGCGGCAGCAGCCCAUCCAGCGGAGGGAUGCUAUGGAAAGUGGGAGUGAAGAAGGAGAGGAAGAAGAGGAAGAAGAGAGCAGCGAUGUGGAAAACCUAGCUGGGGAAAUUGUCUACCAGCCUGAUGGCUCAGCUUACAUUGUGGAAAGCCUAAGCCAGCUGAUCCAAAGUGAUGGGGGCAUGACAUCUAGUUUGCUUCCCUCAAAUUUUCUCUCUGGUGGUGGUAAACCAGGGGAACCUGCCGGAACCUCCUCAUCAGUUUACCCUCAGAUCAUCAACACAUUCCACAUAGCCUCAUCUUUUGGAAAGUGGUUUGGCUCCUCAGACCAAGGUUUCCCCAAUACCUCAACCCCAGCAGGCCACAGUCCUCUACUGCACAGUUUCCGCGUUUUUGAUGUGCGGCACAAAAGCAACAAGGAUUAUCUAAACAGCGACGGGUCUGCCAAGAAAUCUUGUGUAUCCAAAGAUGUUCCCAACAAUGUGGAUUUCUCUAAAUUUGAUGGGCUAGCCCUUUACGGUAAAGGCAAGCCCAUUCUCAUGUGUUUUCUCUGCAAACUGUCCUUUGGUUAUGCUCGCUCCUUUGCCACUCAUGCUGUCCAUGAUCAUCGCAUGACCUUGUGUGAGGAUGAGCGUAGGCUUUUGGGCCACAAGCACGCAUCUGCCAUUAUACAGGGCAUCGGGAAAGACAAAGAGCCCCUAAUUAGCUUCCUGGAACCAAAAAACAAGAGCUGUCCUUCGCCACCCAACCUAGUACCCAUGAACUCAGGCCAGAGCUUCUUUGGCACAUUCAGUGGAGUCCAUUUAGAGGCAGGGAGCAAUAGUGGAGGAGGCGAAGGCCUUCUCAACAAAGACUCUGAUUCUGGUCUCCAGCAACAAGCCCUACUCACCCUGGGAGGCCUUGGAAGUCCCAAGCGACCAUCUCUUACCUCAACCCCAGGUCCUGCCAAAGACUCCAUUACCCUGCCCAAGGCUCAGGGAGGGAGAAUAGAGGGACCUGUGGGAAAAGAGGGAACACAGAGAGGGGAGGAUGGGGACAUGGAGCCUUGUGAAAGCAAAACUCUAAUUCAUGGUGAGGAGGUGGCCUCUGAGGAUGAGGAUGAACUUCUCUUAGAAGAAGAUGAGGAUGAAGUGGAGGAUGAUGGCACUGCGGUGGCCUGUGGUGGCAGUAGCAGUAGUGGUGGUGGUGGUGGACAUGUCGGGGAACCAGCUGUCUCAAACCAAAGUAUUUCCAAAUCUCCUUUAUUAAUGCCUAGUAGCGCUCUUCAGCCUUCUGCAUGUCCCUCUGCAGCCAGCCCCACACUCAACAGCAAAGUCCCAACUUCCAUGUGCUCUUCUUCUGUCAGGGGAUCAGAAGAGGGAAUGGCUGCAGAUGGUGGAGGGAGGUCUUCGGAGCUCCCACUGAGCUUUAACUGCCAGGGGCAAACUGUCCCCAUGGCAAUGGCGGUAGCCACCAGAAGAGGAGGUGAGGAGGAUGGAGCUGCAUGCUCCUCAGCGGGGACUUCCUCCCCUCUUGCCUCCAACACCACCGCUGAUGAAAGUGCCAAUCAAGAUAGUGCCACAGCUCCUGAACCAAAUGAAUGCCUGGCAGAGGGAGAUGAUGACAGUGGUGCCCACCUGCACCACCUCCACCAUCAUCACCACCAUCCACAUCCUUCACCACACUCCCACCCCAAUUCCCAGCAUGCAGGAACCUGCGACAUUACUGGGGUGGGUGAGUGCACCCAGAACCAUGGGGCUGGGGCCAGUGGAGGAAAUGGGGUUGAGUGCCCUAAAUGUGACACUGUUCUGGGCUCAUCGCGCUCCUUGGGUGGCCAUAUGACGAUGAUGCAUUCACGCAACUCUUGCAAGACUCUGAAAUGUCCCAAGUGCAACUGGCAUUACAAGUACCAGCAGACCCUGGAGGCCCACAUGAAGGAGAAACACCCAGACUCUGGGAACUCCUGUGUGUACUGCAGCAGUGGACAGAGCCAUCCACGCCUGGCUCGGGGUGAGAGCUACACCUGUGGCUACAAGCCUUUCCGUUGUGAGGUCUGCAAUUACUCCACCACCACAAAGGGCAAUCUGAGCAUCCACAUGCAGUCGGAUAAGCAUCUCAACAACAUGCAGACCCUGCAGAAUGGAGGUUCCAUCCCCACGGCCAGUGAGCAGGUGUUCGGGCAUACACCUGGCGGUGUGGUGUCCGUUCCAUCAGCCACCCAGGCCAGCAGUCACCACCCAAGCCACCACCACCAUCCGGCACAGUCGUCCACUCACAUAGCUGGGCCCUGUGGAGCUCCUUCACCCACCAAGCCCAAAAGCAAACCCACUUGGCGCUGUGAGGUAUGUGACUAUGAGACCAAUGUGGCUCGCAACCUACGCAUCCACAUGACUAGUGAAAAGCACAUGCACAACAUGAUGCUGCUUCAGCAGAAUGUCACACAGAUGCAACAUGGCCGUCUGGGCCUGGGGGCCAUGCACUCGCCCUCUGAGGCAGAGCUUUACCAGUACUACCUAACCCAAAACAUGAGCCUGCCUCCAGGCCUGAAGAUGGAUCCUACAGGAGCUGAAGCCCAAUUCUUGCUAGGAGGAUUCCAUCUGGACCCUAAUAUGGCUUCCUUGGCCCCGGCACUAGUAGGAGGGGACAUUCCCAUGGAUGUACGUCUGGGCGGAGGGCAGCUGGUAUCCGAGGAGCUGAUGACCCUGGGUGAGAGCCUGUCGCAGACCACUGACCCAUCGCUGAAGCUCUUCCAGUGCGCCGUGUGCAACCGGUUCACCACCGACAACCUUGACAUGCUGGGCUUGCACAUGGGCGCCGAGCGCACGCUGCCCGAGGACGAGUGGAAAGCCGUGGUGGGCGACUCGCACCAGUGCAAGCUGUGCCGUUACACUACACAGCUGAAGGCCAACUUCCAGCUGCACUGCAAGACUGACAAGCAUGUGCAGAAGUACCAGCUGGUGGCCCACAUUAAGGAGGGCGGUAAGGGUAACGAGUGGCGCCUAAAAUGCGUGGCCAUCGGGAACCCAGUUCACCUCAAGUGCAACGCCUGCGACUACUACACCAACAGCCUGGAGAAGCUGCGCAUGCACACUGUAAAUUCGCGCCAUGAGGCCAGCCUCAAGCUCUACAAGCACCUGCAGCAGCAUGAGAGCGCGGUGGAGGGCGAGGCCUGCUACUACCACUGCGUCUUGUGUAACUACUCCACCAAGGCCAAGCUGAACCUCAUCCAGCACGUCCGCUCCAUGAAGCACCAGCGCAGCGAAAGCCUGCGUAAACUGCAGCGCCUGCAGAAAGGACUGCCGGAGGAGGAAGAGGACCUGAGCGCCAUCUUCACCAUCCGCAAGUGUCCGUCCGCCGAUAUCGGCGAGCUGAGUGAGGAUGUGGAGGCUGCCAGCGAGACCACCACAGACCAGGAGGACCAAACCAAAGACAGAGAGUGUGGGGGGGAGAAGGAGCUCACCAAAGGGACAGCUGCAGGAUCCAGCCUGUCAGAGAGGGAUCAGACCGAGUCACCGGUUCCCUCCAAACGGCCUCCGUCAAGAUCCGGGGCUUCAGAGAGCUCCCUCUCUUCCAAGCGUCCUCGGACGUCUGAGAAGAGCACCGAAGAGCAGAUGUACCAGUGCCCCUACUGUAAGUUCACCAACACAGAUCUGAACCGGCUGAGGAUGCACGUGAUGACCCAGCACUCGGUGCAGCCCAUGCUGCGAUGCCCGCUAUGCCAGGACACGCUUAACAACAAGGUCCACCUGCAGUUCCACCUCACGCACCUCCACAGCGUGGCACCGGACUGCGUCGACAAGCUCAUAGCCACCGUGGCAACAUCAGAGGUACUGCCAGCAAGCAUGUUCAUACCAGUCCCCGGACCGGAGAAAGAUUCUCAAAACACGCCCCAAUCCUUGUCUAACUCGACCUCUGAACACACAAAGAAACAAACAGAUGCUACAGAUGUUGAAGUUGAUAAAGGAAUUACUCUGGUCUCAGAGAUAAUCGAAUCUCGCAAAUCACCUCUUGAAGAUCAACAUCCUGCAAGAGACGACACUACCGGUUUCCUCUGCUGGAAAAAGGGCUGUAAUCAAGUAUUCAAAUCAUCCAACGCUCUCCAGUUGCACUUCAACGAGGUCCAUAACAAAAGGCCGCAACUCCCCGUCUCUGAUCGCCAUGUUUACAAGUACCGUUGCAACCAGUGCAGCUUGGCAUUCAAGACAAUUGAGAAAUUGCAGUUGCAUUCCCAAUACCAUGUCAUCAGAGCAGCCACCAUGUGUUGUCUCUGUCAGCGGAGUUUCAGGACGCUACAGGCCUUGAAAAAACAUUUGGAGUCCAGUCACCUUGAACUGAGUGAAGCUGAUAUUCAGCAGCUCUAUGGAGGCUUACUAAUGAAUGGAGACCUUAUGGUUAUUGGUGACCCUUCACUUGGAGAGGACCAGGGAGGUCUCAUGGAAGACGAGAAAGAAGGAGAAGACAGUGAUCCUGAGGAGAAACAGAGUCCAACUGGCAGUGAUUCUGGAUCAUUACAAGAGGAUUCUGGAUCUGAGCCCAAGCGAGCAUUGCCAUUUAGGAAAGGUCCCAAUUUCACCAUGGAGAAAUUCUUAGACCCUUCUCGUCCUUUUAAGUGUACGGUCUGCAAAGAGUCUUUUACCCAGAAGAAUAUUCUUCUGGUACAUUAUAACUCUGUUUCACACUUGCAUAAGGUCAAACGGGCUCUGCAGGAAUCCACUACAGGCCAACCAGAACCAACCAGCAGUCCUGAUAAUAAGCCCUUCAAAUGCAGCACUUGCAAUGUCGCAUACAGUCAGAGCUCUACACUGGAGAUUCAUAUGCGCUCUGUCCUGCACCAGACCAAAGCCAGGGCAGCCAAACUUGAAGCAGCAGGUGGAGGUUCCAGUUCUGUCAGCAGUGGCGGUUUAAGUGGAGGCACUUCAAAUAGCACUUCUACUCCCAGCCCUAUCCCAUCAACUAACUCAACAAGCAGCUCGAGCAACAACAGCUGCUCUCCAGCAGGGGUUCAGACAGCACAGAGCAUCCUGGGUGGAAACCAACUGAGUCAGUCUCAGAACCUUGAGACCAUGUCUAACUCAACUUCUCAUCCUCCUCCUUCUGAGAACCAUGAGGUGAAAAAAAAGAAAUUUGCAGACAUGCUGUCCUCAAGAAGUCACCAGCAGCUCCAACAGCAACAGCAGCAGUUGGCACAGGCUCAAGCGCAAGCCCAGGCCCAACUUCAGCAAGAGCUCCAACAGCAAGCUGCCCUCAUUCAGUCCCAGCUGUUCAACCCACUACUCCAGCACUUCCCGAUGACAGCAGAUGCUCUUUUGCCCCUUCAGCAGCAACAGCUUCUGUUUCCUUUCUAUAUUCCUGGGGCAGAAUUCCAGCUGAAUCCAGAAAUGAACUUGAACAGUUCUUCACUGAACCUAAGUGGCUCUGCUGCCUCGCUGUUGGAGGAGCAAAAGAACCAGGCCCAGCAGGCCCAACAGAGCUGCCUACAACAGCAACUAAUGCACCAUCACCUUCAGCAACAGCACCAAGCCCAUUCCCACUCCCAGGCAUCAAGUCAAAUGGCUUUACUUCAGCAGAGUGCAUCUCUCUCACACCCUGUAGAAAAAAAACCAAAGUCACUUGUUCCUCAUAGUGAGAAGGACAGAGAUCUGCCAAAGGAUAAAGAAAUGAAUGAUAAAACAGAGGAUCAUGCUCCAAAGGAUAUCCUAGACAAUUUAAAGUCCAAAGAAAAGAAAGACAUACCACAGCCUAUAGCAAAUUUGAAUCAGGACAAUGGAUUCCUUCCACCGAGGAUUGCAUCAGAUGCUCGUGGUAAUGCCACCAAAGUGCUACUGGAGAAUUUUGGAUUUGAAUUGGUGAUUCAAUACAAUGAGAACAAACAGAAAGCUCAGAGAAAGCCCACGGGAUCUGUGUCUGGAUCAACUGCACCAGGUGGUAUCACUAGAGUUGUGGACCCUGUUGAGGGACUGGAGAAAUUGGAAUGUGAGGCCUGCGGAAAGCUCUUUUCCAACAUAUUAAUACUAAAAAGUCACCAGGAGCAUAUCCAUCAGGCGUUCUUCCCAUUUAGAUCACUAGAAAGGUUUGCUAAGGAGUACAGAGAACAAUAUGACAAGCUAUACCCACUAAGACCACAAACACCUGAGGCAGCUCCUCCCCCACCACCACCACCUCCUCCCCCGCCACCACCACCUCCUCCUCAGAGGGUACCAACACCAAAUAUUCCUGUCUCUGCCCCUGCACUCACGCCACCAACUGCUUCAACCCCACAGCCCCCGGGUCCACUACCUCAGAUUCAGAUGCCAAUGGAUCUUCCUUUAUUCUCUCCGCUCAUGAUGCAGCCAAUGUCCCUCCAGUCAUUACCCUCUCAAAUUCCUGCGCAGUUACAAGCUGUUGAGCCUGGUCUAGCCACUGAUCUUGCACAACUGUACCAGCAGCAGCUCACACCUGCUAUGCUGCAGCAGCAGCAGAACAAGAGGCCCCGUACCCGUAUAACGGAUGACCAGCUAAGGGUUCUAAGGCAGUACUUUGACAUAAACAAUUCACCAAAUGAAGAACAAAUAAAAGAAAUGGCAGACAAGUCAGGACUUCCACAGAAAGUCAUUAAGCACUGGUUUCGGAAUACUCUCUUCAAAGAGCGACAGCGCAACAAAGACUCACCCUACAAUUUCAACAAUCCCCCUAUAACUACUUUGGAGGAGGUCAAAAUUGACUCUAAACCACCUUCACCUGAACCCCAAAAACCAGAGUCCUAUGGCAGUAAGAGGUCCUCAAGGACACGGUUCACAGACUACCAGCUUCGAGUACUGCAGGAUUUCUUUGAUGCUAAUGCAUACCCUAAAGAUGAUGAAUUUGAACAGCUGUCCAAUCUUUUGAGCCUACCAACUAGAGUCAUUGUUGUUUGGUUCCAGAAUGCCAGGCAAAAAGCACGUAAAAAUUAUGAGAACCAGGGAGAUGGAGCAAAAGAGGGUGAGCGGCGUGAGCUGUCCAAUGACCGAUACAUUCGCACUACUAACUUGAACUAUCAGUGCAAGAAGUGCAGUCUGGUCUUCCAGCGGAUAUUUGAUCUCAUUAAACAUCAGAAGAAGCUUUGCUACAAAGAUGAGGAUGAGGAAGGGCAAUAUGACAGUCAAAAUGAAGACUCUGUUGAUCUCUCACAUGAAUACUUUUUAUCUUCUGGCUCAUCAGUUCACACGCCAAUGUCAUCAUCCUCAAGCCUCUGCCCUCUUCCAACUUCAUCCACAUCAUUCUCUCAUAUAACGUCAUCCGAGAAGGUGGAAUCUACAUCCACAAAUACAUCAAACACUUUUGAUGACAAAUCCAAAAACUCUGCAGAACCAUCUCUGGGUCUAAGAGAGCAGUCAUCUUUGAAACAGGAAAGCAGUCAACCUGCUGAGAUUCCGCAACAAAAACCGCCACGAGAGGAAAAGGUUCAAGUCACCCCAAAGAACACAAAACUUUCAUCACCUUCCCUCUCUCAACAGCAACAACAUAGUGCUGCUUCAGCCUCUGCCUCCCAUACCAGCCAAACACCCUCCCAAAGUUCUCUCAUGGCUCUCAAUACCCAUUUAGCCUCACAGCAGCAGCUGGCCCAGCAAAUGAUUCCCUACCAGUGUGAGCAGUGUAAACUUGCUUUCCCCUCAUUUGAGCACUGGCAAGAACACCAGCAGCUUCACUUCUUGAGCGUUCAGAACCAAUUUAUUCAUCCCCAGUUCUUGGACCGUCCAAUGGACAUGCCUUUUAUGUUAUUUGACCCCAGCAAUCCUUUGCUGGCUAGCCAGCUCCUUGCUGGAGCCUUGCCACAAAUACCAAGCAGCUCUGCCACCUCUCCAUCAACACCUACAUCCACCAUGAACUCCCUAAAGAGGAAGCUAGAGGAAAAAGCAGGCACUAGUCCAGGGGAAAAUGAUAGUACCAACAGUGGGGAAGAACCACAAAGAGACAAACGUCUCCGAACCACUAUUACACCAGAGCAGCUUGAGAUCCUGUACCAGAAAUAUUUAUUAGACUCUAACCCCACCCGAAAGAUGCUUGACCAUAUUGCUCAUGAGGUUGGGCUCAAGAAACGGGUGGUGCAAGUGUGGUUCCAAAACACUAGGGCAAGGGAAAGAAAAGGACAGUUCCGGGCUGUUGGGCCAGCUCAAGCCCAUCGCCGUUGCCCCUUUUGUCGCGCCCUUUUUAAAGCUAAAACUGCCCUAGAAGCCCACAUCCGUUCACGCCACUGGCAUGAGGCAAAGCGAGCUGGUUACAACAUAACACUUACUGGUUUGCUAUCUGAGCAAGAUGGCAUGCACUUGAAGAUGGAUCCUCAGGAUAUUGCUAACUUCUCUCAUAUUGGUUCUUCUAAUAAUGAUGGCCAUUGCUCAUCUCUGUCACCUGUGAGUAAAACCAUGGACUUGUCUCCCAGGGCACUUUUAAGUCCAACAUCGAUUAAGGUUGAGGGAAUGGAGGAGUUUGAAAGCCCAACCAUGUCAUCAGUAAAUAUUAGUUUUGAUCAGAACAAACUUGAUAAUGAUGAUUGUUCUUCUGUGAACACUGCAAUUACUGACACCACUACGGGUGACGAGGCGAAUGCAGACAAUGACAAUGCUGAUAUGAAGCACAGCCACAACAGUGGAGAUUUCUUGUCCAAGACUGGAGGAUCCGUCCCAUCGCUUGAGAAUGAUGACCAGAUGUCUUCAGGACUAGUGAGUCCUGCAACAAGUUAUUAUGCAAAAGACUUUGAAAAUGAAAACAUGGUGGAUUACAGUGAAACAUCUAGUCUGGCUGACCCCUGUUCACCAAGCCCUGGGGCAUCUGGAAGUAGGAGUAUUGACAGUGGAGAUAGACCAGGCCAAAAGCGCUUCCGAACUCAGAUGACUAACCUCCAGCUGAAAGUCCUUAAGUCCUGCUUCAGUGAUUAUAGGACUCCUACAAUGUUGGAGUGUGAGGUACUCGGCAAUGAUAUUGGACUGCCGAAAAGAGUCGUACAGGUCUGGUUCCAGAAUGCUCGUGCUAAAGAAAAGAAAGCUAAACUCAGUAUGGCUAAGCACUUUGGAAUCAACCAGACGUCUUAUGAGGGACCUAAGACAGAGUGCACCUUGUGUGGUGUAAAAUACAGUGCACGUCUCUCAGUGCGGGACCACAUCUUCUCCCAGCAACACAUCUCCAAGGUGAAGGAGACUAUUGGAAGCCAGCUUGACAAAGAGAAAGAGUACUUUGACCCAGCCACUGUUCGUCAGCUAAUGGCCCAGCAAGAGAUGGACCGCAUCAAGAAAGCCAAUGAGGUUCUUGGUCUGGCACAACAACAAGCCAUGCAGCAACAGGGGAUGUUUGACAGUCCAGCCUUGCAAGCCCUAAACCUGCAGUCAGCCUAUUCAAAUCUGCAAGGAAUACCCCCGGUUCUCCUGCCAGGGGUUGGAAGCCCUUCCCUUCCAGGUUUUAACUCAACCAACUCAGCUUUAACCCCUCCAAAACCUCCAAACAUACUAAACAUGUCCGGUGCCAGUGUACCUUCACCCAGUCUCCCCACAUCUGGUUUACCCAACAAGAUCCCUUCUUCUUCCUCCUUGGCCUCACCCAGCCCAGCUCAGGCCAGCACUUCUGUUGCCCACUCAACUACUACUACUACACCCACAUCAAACUCCCUGACCACCCAACUAGGCCACCGGGCUGAUCCUCUCAAAGAGCGUGAAACUGAGAAAGCCAGGGAGAAAGAAAAGCCCAAAGAGAAAGUCGAGAAGCCCUCCACACCAUCCUCAACUGCGGGUACUCCUGCUCCCUCCACUUCUGCUGCCAGUGCCAAGAAAGAAAAACCAGAAACAGCUGUUCCAGCCACUUCAAUGCCAACUCCUGGCAUGGAAUACGUGGUUGAUCCAGCUCAGCUUCAAGCUCUGCAGGCUGCUUUAGCAUCAGACCCAACAGCACUGCUUACCAGCCAGUUCCUGCCCUAUUUUAUGCCAGGUUUCUCUCCAUAUUAUGCCCCUCAGAUUCCAGGAGCUCUUCAAGGUGGAUACCUUCAGCCUAUGUAUGGUAUGGAAAGUCUUUUCCCCUACAACCCAGCUUUAUCACAAGCCCUGAUGGGGUUAUCACCAGGAUCACUGCUCCAGCAUUACCAGCAAUAUCAACAGAGCCUGCAGGAAGCACUUCAGCAGCAGCAGCGACAGCUUCAGCAAAUCCAGCAACCGAAAGCAAGCCAAACCCAAGCUUCUUCUCAGCCUUCGGUGGACCGCAAAGAUUCUGCCAAAGAUCCAGUAAAAACAGAGGAGAAGAAAGGCACUCUCGCAGUUGAUACCUCUUCACAUAAUAACUUACCCCCUGAGCAGCAUGAAGUGGAUGGUAAAGGUGCAGACCCGCUUCUUGACCAAUACAUUGUCCCCAAAGUUCAGUAUAGGCUGGCGUGCCGCAAGUGUCAAACUGUUUUCAGCAAGGAGGAAGCAGCUAUCAGCCACCUGAAGUCGAUCUGCUUUUUUGGUCAGUCUGUGGCAAACCUGCAAGAGAUGUUGCUUCGAGUCCCCAGUAGUGGCAGUACAGCUGAGUGUAGCCUCUAUGACUGCCUGGCUUGUAAUGUCACUCUGGAUGGGGACAAAGCACUCAGUCAACACCUGGAUUCAUCCUUGCACAAACACAGAACAAUCACGCGAUCAGCCAGAAAUGCCAAAGAGCACGCUACUAGUUUAUUACCUCACUCUUCAGCCUGCUUCCCCAAUCCUAACACCGCAUCUACCUCGCAGUCUGUCACCCACCCAAACAACACCGCAACAUCUCCCCCGCCAACGACGUCAAACACCACGCCAUCCUCGUCUGUGUCUGCAUCCUCAUGCUCCUCUGCCACAGCUGCCACACUUAACACCACAUCUGCCAGCAAACCCUGGCCCCAGGCCCCUUUCUCUAAAGCUUUAGCUGGAAAGUCCAAUGCCACUCCUUCGACAUCUUCCUCUUUUCCUCCAGUAUCCUCACCUUCAACGGUUACCUCAAGUUCAUUGAGCACCUCAGGGGUUCAGACCUCGAUACCAACAGACGUCUUUACCGACGAAUCUGACUCUGACAGCAGUCAGAAAUCAGCAGACAGGCUGGGCAGGUUGGCAGAGGAGCCACAGCAGCCCAGCUGUCUCAAAGACAGUGAUAGUUGUAGUAGUAAUAUGGCUAGUGUAGGAACAGACUCCAUCAGACUGUAAAAGAGCUUUCAACGAUGGACAAUAUUUUAAAAAACAAAAAACAAAAAAACAAAUAAAACACAAAAGCUAAAAAAAGCAGCAAUGUUUAAAAUAUGUUUAAAAGUAUACGAACCAAUUUCAGAAGAAGAAAAAAAAAGAUGUGUAAAGACUAACUGCAAUUCCAAAGCUUGUAACCAAAAAUUUAAAUGUUAGUGGAUUGUUUUCCCAUAUGAACAUGCUGGUUUUAAUUUGUUUCAACUUAAGUAUAUAGCUAUAUGUACACACACAUAUACAUGAAAUUAAUAAAGAGGAACACUGCAGUUAACGUGGAUAAUGCUAAGGGAAUGCUGCAUUGCAAAGGACUGCCUCAAAACCACACAAAUCAGAUGGGCCCCAGAUUCUGUCGAUACAAAGAACGAGAUAACGAUGCACACCUUGUUUGCAUAGGUACGUCCACCUAAUAGCACAGUCACACAAAGCCAGUAUGUACUGUAUGGGAGAAUAGUCUUACCGUUUUCUUGCUAUCUAAGCAUUCAAAUACCAAUGGCUUGCUAAUGAAAAAAGAAUGAUGUAAUGUCUAUUUUAUUCUCAGGUCAACAGCUCACAACCUUUUUUAUGUUACAUUAUUUUAUUCAUUUCGUUCCUGACAAAUGAGAAAACAUUUCUGUUUUUUGUAUUGCUUUUAAUAGAAAUUCUUUCGGAGGUGAUACGAACUAAGACAGAGCUUUCUGGGAAUCCAAAUGGGUAGCAUAAACUGCUCAAAAUUCUGUUAAAAGGGUUAUAAAACUCUCCCACCGUACCCAAACAAGAAACGCAGUGAGGGAUUGUUUUUUUUGUUUUGUUUUGUUUUUUUAAUUUUUUUUUUUUAAGAAAAAGAAAAAAACCUGUAUUUAUGAUUGAUAUAAACAUUUUUCGUGUUAAGUAGAUUGUUGCAUUGGAAAUAAAUUUAAACAGUAUGGUAGAUUGAAUAAUCUUUGUGUACAUUUAGCUUUUGUAUUGUCCAACCUUAAAGCGCUUCAUUUGAUGUUGUCUUGGUCAUUCCAAUAGACUAGAUUAAGGAGCAGGAACUGAUCUGUACUUUAUUUCAGUAUAGUCAAAUCCGCAUCUUGGAUUUUGUUCACCCAAACUGCCACCAACAGACUCGGCAGAAUCCCUUUGUUUUCAUGAAGGGUUUCUUUCCUUUGACGGUUGGUGUAGCACCUGACCAAAAAAAGGAAAAGAGAUCUGUUUGAAAAUUAUUAUUCACUUAUUUUUGUGUUACCUAUUGUGCACUUACAAACGUCUCGACUUACUUUAUCUCUAUCUUUUUUUGUGUGUGUGUAUGUGUGUAUGUGAGUGAGUGUGUGUGUGUGUGUGUGUGUUACUCUCUCCUUCCUUUUUUUUUUGUUCCACUGCAUUUUGUAGGUUCGGAGAUCUUUCUCCUUCGGCACUACAAAGCAGACGUGUAUUUUAUGCAGUGUGGCUGCAGUCUGUUACAGGCUUCAAUUCUUUUUUUUUAUUAUUAUUUCUUCUUUUCCUUUUUUUUUUUUUUUUUUUGGGGUUGUUGUUGUCGUCAUACAAGAAAAAGAAUAAUAAUAAUUCUCACGCUUUAAAACGAAAAGAAAAUCCAAAGACUAAACACUUUCACCAUUGGUGCAUAAAGAUGAGAAAAGAGGCUUCUUUAUACUUGAGAAUUUGUUGCAGUUUUUAAGAAAAGAAAACAAAGUUUUAAAAUAAAAGGCGUACGCAUCAGAGUCGCCGUGUCGGCUUGUCUGCAAGCAGACAGGUGGCUUUUUUACGUAGAAAAAUACCAAGAAUACCAAAAACCAAAAAAGGACAUUCGUCCUUGCGUUGUGGAGUAGCACCAUUACAGAGCCAUUGCAGUUUGUAAGAUAGAAGUGGAGAAUCUCUUUGUUUAACUCUUCUUGUCAAACGAGAUCCUUUUUGUUUUUGUGUUUUGUUUGUUUGGGUUUUUUUUUUUUUUUUUUUUAAGAAAAUGUAUAAGGUCUGGUCUCUGAGGACAUACGUUUGCUGCUAAUGUAGAUUUUGAAAAAGAAGAAUACCUAGAUGCAUGCUCAUUUUACUUCUUGGCUAAGCUUUAAAAAAAAAAAAAAGGAAAAAAAAAAAAACAAAGAAAAACAAAAACAACCAAGAAAACCAUUUCCCUGCCUCUGCGACAUUUUUUCUUCUUGUUGCAAAAACGGAACUUUGAAGACUGUGAAUAUAUGUUCCAAAGGACAUUUUGGCUUUAUUGUUUUCUUUCCUUCCUUCUUUCUUUCGUUCUUUCUUUCUUUCUUUCUUUCUUUCUUUCUUUUUUUUUUUAACAGACCAAUGUCAAAAAGCCAAUGAUCUGUUAUGUUUGUAAAGAACAGUGCAUUCCAAAUAGAGCAUUUGAUUUCUGAAGAAAUGACAGCAUCUUUAUAUUGAAUUUGAGUACAAGUCUAUUUUCUCCCACGUUAAAAAUAAAUGACUGUAAUUCCGCCAUCAUGGGUUAACGAGCAUCGCCGUUUUCGGAGUCGUGUAAGGGAGUUUACGUCGUCCCCGCAGCCAGUUACGGCUGUUUGCGCGGUUGAAAUAGAUCAUCGUGUAACAGUGGCUAACCAAAAAUGUACAUAUUGUAAUGCAUCUGGUCCUGACAUGUCUCACUGGUCUAGUGUCAUCAUGCCUCUCUGUCUUUAAAGAGUCUGAGAAAGAAAUAUAGUGAGGAAUGGUGGCCUCCCCUCGUGGAAAAUCAAGUAGGGACCUGCCCCAGGUUUCUGCAGGGUGUAAAGCCAAUUUUUUUUUUUUUUUUGGUGUGUAUUGUUACAGCUUUUUCCAAGGGACAUCUUCAUUCCAAAGCAUUACAAGGUGGGGGUGGGGGGCAGCAGUGUUUUUAUUUAUUAAUAUUUCUGGAUGGUGAUUCGUAUCUUUUUGUCCAAAGAGGUCAAUGGAAAUGGUUCUGUUUAAUCCAAAUUUCCCCCCCUUUUUCUUUUUUUUUUUUUUUUUUUUUUCUCCUCACCAAAAAGGAUUUAAUUUGAACUGGCCACAACUGUACAGCAAGUGUAUUUGGCCUACAUGGUACAUUGCUGCAAUCUAGGAAGUGUGUUAAAGAGUGUUAGUGGGGUUUGGUGUUUUAAAAAAAAAAAAAAAAAAAAAAAAAAUCUGCAUGCUAUUGAAAUUUGGUCGAUUAUUUUAUUUAAUUUUUUGUUUGUUUUUUUUGGUAUGCGAAGCUUGCGACUUCUGUUCAAUCCUGUUACCUUAAAUAUAUUUUUUUUUCUCCCCCUAUAAUUAUUUGUAAGAUUUCUGAUGUAUAGUUUAUUUUUUAAUGCUUUUUUGCUUCGACUUUCAUUUCAAAUCAUGUCAGACAUUUUUUUUUUUCCAUAUAACUAUUUGUAUUUUAUUUCCUGUAUAUUAAUUUGUGUUGUUGAUGGGUUUUGUUUUUUUUUUGUUGUUGUUGUCGUCGUUGUUGUUGUUGUUGUAUGCAUAAAUUAACGUUUUUAACACCAGCUUUAAAUUUCAAUCACUUAUUAUUAUUUUUUUUCUUAUUCUAAGACCUGGCCACUUUAAUGGUGUACCAAUGUUCCUCUAUUUGUCUUUUUUCGACAAUGUUUGAUCUCUUGCUUCCAAAGUGUUCUCUUUAUUUAAUGGGCUCUUUAUUUUGUGAGGGAUGAAGUUCAGAUCCUCACAAUCAACUCUGCCAGCAUGGACUGUAUGUGUGCGUGUGUGUGUGUGUGUGUGUGUGUGUGUGUGUGUGUGUGUUUGUUUGUUUGUUUUGUUGUUGUUGUUGUUGUUUUCUUUUCUUUCUUUCUUCUUUUAGGAGCCAACAUCAGUUCAUUUCAUUUUGUAUUUGAUAUUUUCUCUCCACUUUCAUUUCACACCAAAACAUACAAAACUGCAAAGCAGUUUCUUCAGUACUUUUUUUUUUUCUUUUUUUUUUUCUUCCAGAAAGUCCUAAUAAUUCGGUAAUGAGAAAUUGAUACUGAAGCACUGAGCAGUUGUGGUUUUUUUUUUUUUUUGUAUUCACUUCAUUAAAUAUAUGUAUGUGGCCAAAGCAUAAUGCAGAUGAAAAGUUGGUGCCCCUGAUGAGUGUAUAUUUAUUGUGGCACAAAUCGACACAUGACUGAGAUACAUCAACUCUCAUUGGGAUACUUGAUUUUAAUUUUUAAUUUUUAAUUUUUUUUUUUUUUUGUGGACAUUUUGCAAAGAGAGACAGAAGGCAGGUUUUUGCUGUAGACGUCAUCCUUUUUGCCCACUGUGAAGAAACAUGUAUACAGAUAUAGAUAUAUUUAAAGAAGACAUCAGCUUUUUUUAAAUGACAAAGAAGGAAAACAAAGAGAACCGAACUCUGGGAAGCUUUGGAAAAUGUCGUUAAAAUGUCUAGGAAGGCUGUCGAAACUGGGGAUGGGAGCCAAAGGCAGGAAACAAAAAAAAAAAUAAUCAGAGGCACCUCUUGAUAUCAAGUCAUUAUUUAAUUACUGACAAUAUGCCUACGGAAACAGACUCGGCGACCAGUGGACGUACAGUAUGUGGAAACAGAGAGGAAUAAACCUGGCGACUUCUGGGAGCGGCUGGAUCAGUCGCUUCUUCGGAAUCAUGGAUAAAAUCCACAGGACGGACAGUGCCACGCGUCUCUAUUUUCACCCAGUCCAUGGUGUUGCUACCUGUUUCGUUUCUUCGUCUCGCCGAUGGACAGCACUGACCUGGAGUCAGCCGGGAGGGGGGGGAAAUCUCAUCAAACCAUUGAAAAGUAAAGGACUCGUUGUUCGAGGAGUGUGAGGGGUUUUCUUGGCUGUCAUUCCUGAGGAAGCAGUUAAACACGAAAAAGCAAAUGAAACCAAAAUUAACAAGCAACCAAACAAAAAACCAUGAGCUCCAAUUUCAAAGACAAACUGCUACACGGAGCUCUCUGUUCCUUUCGUGACUCCUGGUGCCACAGUUUUUAUUUUUGAUUUGAUUUGAAUUUUUUUUUUUUUUAAUGCUUAAACUUUUUGUUUUUUCGUUUUGAUUUUGUUUUGUUUUCUUGAAUUAUUCCUCCUUUGAGCCUCACAAGAACGGCUCAGUGGCUCCAGGUAGCCCACCCGAGGGUAGAAAAAACAGCCUUGCAAUGUACAAAAAAAAGAGCAAGUUAAACCAAAAAUGUUGUUCUUGAUGUCUUUUCUAUACUGUAGUCUUGUUAGCUUUUUUGUUACUGUAAUUAUAUGAUGAAGAUUUCCAAACUGUACCAAAUUACAUGGAGACUAACAUACAUAAACCACAUGGAACUUCAGACUUUUAAAGAAAAACUUUUGUCACAAAAAACCUUGUUGUCCUAGUUAAGUUGAUUGUAGAUGGUAAUUGAAUAUACUCCUUUGAAAAUAUUUCAUCAAGUAUGUUUCUUGCUCAUUGUGAUACAUUAAAAAGUAUGAGCAUAAAUGCA